AUGUCACUGUUAGUGAAGAAUAAGAUCGAUUUCAUUAAUGAAACUUGUGUGCGAGAGGAUUAUGAGAAACAUCCAUUUCGAUUGCAUCAGUGGGACCAAUGCAAUACAAUAGUACGAUCGUGGAUUAUGAGUUCUGUUGCAAAGGAAUUGAGGCAAGGCAUUGUGUUUUCAUCAAACACUAAGAAGGUUUGGGAAGCCCUAAAGAACCGCUUUGAUAAGGACGAAUUUGAGUCAAUUAUCUCUUUCCCUGGCUGUGACUGCAAAAAAUCUAAGACUUUUGUUGAGUUUCUGCAUACACAAAAGCUUGUGAAAUUCUUAAUGGGGUUAAACGAGACCUAUGCACCACAGAGGAGUCAAAUUCUGAUAAUGCACCCUAUACCCUCACUCAAUCAGGCAUACUCGAUGCUUAUUCAGGAGGAAAGUCAAAGAAUGAGUAGUGGACUUGACGAGCUCGAAACACAUAUUUAA